AUGGAAGCUUUAACCUUUUCUGCGUAUAACUUUGUCGGCUAUCCUGGUUAUUUCCCCUUUUACAAUGGGAACGGUAAAUUCAAACCCCAGAACUGGAACAAAAAGGGCAACAUGGGGGGCAUGCCCGAGGUUAAUGAUUAUUUCGAACUCUACAAGCGAGCUCAGUUAAAGGCCAUCCUGUCUCAGGUGAACCCGAAUUUAACCCCCCGUCUGCGCAAGGCCAACACUAAAGAUUUUGGGGUUCAGGUAAACCCUAAAGUAAGCACCGCGGUGCAGUGUUCACUCGGACCCAAAACGCUGUUUUACCGGGACGACAAAUGGGGCUCCCCAAAAGCGGGUGGUGUACCGAGGGAGAACAUGCCAAGCACACCGCUCAACAGCGUUCGCUUCUCCCGACCUGUUGCCAUCUACUCCCCGGUGUUCGACCGCAGGUUCUUCUCGGUUCCUUCUCACCCUGCUGAUGAAUCUGAGAACUGCGAGAUCACCGAGAGUUCUGGAGAAAAGGAGCUGAAGAAGUUCGAUAAUGAGAAGGUUCGAGAACUCGAGCCGCGCCAACAAACUUCUUAUCAAAGUCCAACUAAUACCAAGUUCAACUUCCAGUUCCUGGAGCAGAAAUAUGGAUAUUACCACUGCGGCAAGUGCAACGUUCGCUGGGAGAGCGCGUACGUCUGGUGCAUCUCUGGAACCUGCAAGGUUUACUUCAAGCAGCUCUGCAGAAAGUGCCAGGCUGGGCUGAACCCAUAUAGAGUGGAGUCUAUCCAGUGCCAGGUGUGCGCCCAGACACGCUGUUGCUGCGACCGCAAGCUAAGGCACAUUGACAUACGGCGUCCUCACCGUCAGGACCUGUGUGGCCGCUGCAAGGGCAAGAGGCUGUCCUGCGACACCACCUACAGCUUCAAAUACAUCGUCUGAUCGUCUCAACAGUCCGUCUUUUAUCAUUGGUGGCAAUGAAUAUAAUGUAUUUUUGUAUUGACGUG